UUUGUCCAAUCGUACAUGGCUUAGAAAACCAUCCUAGCCAAUCUAAGGGCUAAGGGGCGGUGCCUGAGGCGGGGCUGCAGACUAAGCUGCCGCGGAAGAUGGCGGCUGAGGCGCCGAGUGGAGGGGAGGCGCCGGUCUGCGACUCUGGCCAGAGUGAUGCCAUCUGCAAUUUUGUCAUUUGCAAUGACUCUCCCCUUCGAGGUCAGCCUAUUAUCUUCAAUCCUGACUUUUUUGUGGAGAAACUCCGACAUGAGAAACCAGAGGUGUUCACCGAAUUGGUGGUCAGCAACAUCACAAGGCUUAUUGAUUUGCCGGGAACUGAGUUGGCUCAGCUGAUGGGUGAAGUGGACCUUAAGCUGCCUGGUGGGGCUGGCCCAGCAGCAGGAUUCUUCAGGUCUCUGAUGUCUCUCAAGCGGAAAGAAAAAGGAGUGGUAUUUGGAUCUCCGUUGACGGAGGAAGGCAUUGCCCAGAUUUAUCAGCUGAUUGAAUAUCUGCACAAAAACUUGCGAGUAGAGGGCUUGUUUAGAGUACCAGGCAACAGUGUUCGGCAGCAGCUUUUGAGGGAUGCUCUCAAUAACGGAACUGAUAUUGACUUGGAUUCAGGAGAGUUUCACUCCAAUGAUGUGGCCACGCUGCUGAAGAUGUUCCUAGGAGAGUUACCAGAGCCCCUGCUGACCCAUAAACAUUUCCACGUACACCUCAAAAUUGCUGAUCUGAUGCAGUUUGAUGAUAAAGGAAAUAAGACCAACAUACCAGACAAGGAGCGGCAGAUUGAGGCCCUGCAGCUGCUCUUCCUCAUCCUCCCUCCAGCCAAUCGUAACUUGCUAAAGUUACUGCUUGAUCUCCUGUACCAAACAGCGAAAAAGCAAGACAAGAACAAGAUGUCUGCCCAUAACCUUGCUCUUAUGUUUGCACCCCAUGUCCUGUGGCCCAAAAAUGUCACUGCAAAUGAUCUUCAGGAGAAUAUCAUAAAGUUAAACACAGGAAUGGCUUUUAUGAUCAAACACUCUCAGAAACUUUUUAAGGCUCCUGCUUAUAUUCGGGAAUGUGCCAGAUUAUACUAUUUGGGCUCCAGAACUCAAAUGUCAAAGGAUGACCUUGAUCUGACAACCUCAUGUCAUGCCAUGUCCUUCCAGCUGGCAAGCUCUCAGAAACAGAACAGGGUAGAUUCUUCGUCUCAGCAGCACACAGAAGAGGCGCUGAGAGAACUCUUCCAGCAUGUGCAUAACUGGCCAGACUCCGCGAAGAAGAAACAACUCCUCAGACAGUUCCAUAAGCAGUCUUUGACUCAAACGCCAGGGAGAGAACCUUCUACUCCCAGGGUCCAGAAGAGAGCCCGCUCACGCUCCUUCAGUGGGCUUAUCAAGCGCAAAGUCCUGGGCAAUCAGAUGACUUCAGAAAAGAAAACCAGUUCUCCUGCUCCAGAGUCCGUGGCCAUGGGGGAAUUGAAGAAAGCCAGCAAAGAAAAUAUGAACCUGUUCUUCUCUGGCUCUCCAGCUGGGACAGUGACACCAACAAGAUUGAAAUGGUCUGAGGCGAAGAGAGAGGGGAGAAAAGGAUUCUUUUGAAGGCUCUGUUUAUUACUUCUGUCCUCCACAGUGAAGUUUCUCUUCAGUGGGACAAGUGUUAUUUCUCUUCUCAGUCAAGCUUGGACCUGCAGCUGCUUGCUGCGUUUUGACUUGUGAAAGCCAACUCAUACCCUGACCCGACUGAUACCUCUAACCCCCUCACUGGAUGUCUCUGAAGCUGUGCGUCUGCGGAAGUGCUAUGCUCCGUGUUUGUUUUUAAUGUCAGAAGCCGCUAGCUCCCUGCCCCAGCUUACACAGUGCAGCAGGUAGGCAGGGCCAGCCACACCUACUCAGUGUGCUUAGGUCAGUUGGUUUCUUCAAACAGGAUAUUUUGUGUUAAUUGUUAGUAAUAUUUUUAAAGUACUGUAGGUCUUAGUGGAGUGUUACUAUUUACAGCUGGUAUUUGAGGCUCUCCUCUGUGUUGUGAGUACUCAGUAACUGCUUGUUUAUUUACUUGUUUAUUUAGAAGCCAUUAUUUUGAUGGAUAAUUAAGCGAAUUGCAAGUUAAAUGCUUUUGACCCCUUUUUAUUUUAAGCUUGAGUAAUCUCUUUAUCUUUGUGUUCAAAGGACUUACAGCUUUCCUAGACAAUCUAUUAUUUCUCAUGUCUAAUAUAGAGGAUUUGACCUGGCAAUGGGAAAGAGUUCAGUACAGUGUAUUUAACAGAUCUCAGUUAUUAAGCUGCACCCCAUACCCCUGUCUUCCCCUUAUGAUGUGAGAUGGCUGUGUGGUUGUUACCUUGGUGAUGUGAGAUGGCUGUGUGGUUGUUACCUUGGUGAUGUGAGAUGGCUGUGUGGUUGUUACCNCUUGGUGAUGUGAGAUGGCUGUGUGGUUGUUACCUUGGUGAUGUGAGAUGGCUGUGUGGUUGUUACCUUGGUGAUGUGAGAUGGCUGUGUGGUUGGUUGUUACCUUGCUUCCUUCAUUAUCAUCCUCUCACCUAGAGCGUGGCUGGUGCCACUGCUACACUCUGUGCCUGGUUACUGUCACUUUGGAAAUGUCAUGGUCUGCUACCUAGAGGAGCUUGCUGCAGUGUGCAUGUGGUGGAAACUGAAGCAGGCCGAGGGGCUGGUUGGCUUCGGUAGGAUGCUGUCACUCAUUCCUAGGGAUCAAAUGUGCUGCUCACCUGUCUCCUGAGAGCAGGUUGGCAUCAGGAAAGGCACGAGUGGCAGUCUCUGCAGGGUCCCCAGAGGGAGCAGUUGUUAUGUGUCCCCGUAGUCUAGAACAGUUGCUUCCUGCCCAUCUCCUUGUCUGGAUGGGUACAGGAAGUGGUGGAGCGUGGAGAGCCACUGUCUCCUGAGCCGCAGGUGGCAGUUGUGGAUGCUGAGGUAUGGGCCCGGCUCUGUGGAACUAACUGUGAAACCAUGCUCACCCUACUGUGGGGAACCAGAUACCCAGCAGAAUACGGUUCCACACUGAUGAUAGACAGUUGAACUUGUGUUAUUGUUGAGAUGAAGGCUGACGUUGUCUGUCUGUCAGCCCUCUCUUCCAUACUACACUGUUUCAUUGCUGCAACAGCAGUGCUGAAGGAAAUGUGAUGUUUUCCCUUCAAGCUGGAGAGUUUGGGAGCAUGGAGGUGUGUGAUCUAUAGUGGAUUUUAAGUUCCGUUCUCUAAAGCAGUUUCAGGUCAUCCGUAAGGAUCUUUAUUAGCAAGUUCAUUUGUCUAGGUUUCUGACUCUUUCUGGUGAUGUUGUUACUAAGAAAAAGGUUCUUUUCUUUUUGAAAUAAAUUUCUUAUGCCAGGUAUAUAGUGAGGUCAAACAGAAACCUCUUUGUGUUAGCAAAUCAGAGACGUUCUCCUCAGCAUGGAGCCUGCUUUCAGUGUACCCUACCAUGCUGGAAUGUAGCACUAUGCAGGGAUGCAAGCCAAGCAGUGCCUUGAUGCAGCCAGGAGUUUCACACUCUGUGAGCAAGAAAGAGAGAGAGAGCGCGGGGCUGUGGAGUGGAGUGUGGGUAGAUGGAAGCAAUGCCCAGGGAUGGUCUGGGUGAGAGAGAGGUGCCCCAUGCACUCGCUCUCUGUGGCUGGCCUCUUGGGCAGUGACUUACCACGUGCAUUUGGGAAUGUGUAUUUUAUUUAUUUAUUGGAUAGUCAUUACUUGCUUUAAGGGUAUUUUAGGUCAUUUUUUUCUUGUAGAAGCUGUGAUCCAGUGCAGAAUAAACUUGAGGAGAAGCAUAACCUUUUGAGUCUUGUAACAUGUGGCUGUUGUAACCUGUGGUAUCUUCUAGGAAACGCAGACAGAAGCUCCAUCGUUGUCACAGAAGGCUGCUGCUGCCCUUCUGACAAGGCGUUCAGUUGCUGUUUUUGAGCCAGUAUUUAACUGAUGUUUUUAACUAAUGUUUGUUUGAGACAGGGUUUCUCUGUGGUCCUGGCUGUCCUGGGACUCACUCUGUAGACCAGGCUGGCUUCGAAUUCAGAGUUUUCCUGCCUCUGCUUCCCCAGGGUUGGGAUUAAAGGCAUGAGUAGUCACUGCCUAGCUGACCUGUGUCUUAAAGGAUUUUUAUUAUAUUUAUUUUCCAUGUUGGAGUAAUCUCUUUGACAGAACCUUUCUUUUCUUUCUGGGGUUAAUUGUCAUAGGCUUUGAUGUUGUGUCAAAGUGUCAUCUGGUGGUUAUUGUUGCCCAAGUAUGAAGAGACAGAUCAUAUCUGAUCUGUAUCUGCAUUAGGUAAAUGAAUAGAGGCUGUGGGCCCUUUCUCUGACGUUUCACAGAAGUGGAUUUUCUCACUGAGAUCAGUGAUCAGGUUUGAACCCGCCCCUGCCCUGUCCCCCCAUUCCCCAUGUCACAUGCACUGUGUAGGGUACAGGUGGGAGACAGUAUUGGUUAUACUCAAGUGCUGGAGCAUUUUAGAAGCACAGCUGAUGGGGCCUGAGGGAACCCACAGUUGUCCCUCCACAUAGCAUGUGCUAUACUCUGAAGGUCCUCCCAGAGUGAUGAGGAAACACCCUGGGGGAUGAGGCAGCACAGAAUGCUGACUGGCAGGUUGUGUGCUGAGGUCUGUUUUCUGUGACAUCCUUUCCCCUGGAGACAGCAUCAUGCCUGCUCUCCUACACUCUAAAGUCUUUAGACUGAAGUGAGGAUCCAGAUCUAAACCAGCAGGACUGUCCCAGAGUUUGGAGAGAAUCUGGCUUCCUAAGAUGAAGGUUUUGAGUGACCUUAGUCCUGGUAGCCUGAUGUCAGACUCCCUGUCAAAAGCUGGCUUUACUAGGCAGCCAGUGCUGAAAGCUGUGUGGAGGUAGGGCAGUGAGGAGACUGAGGAUAAAUAAUAACCUGAGUGCUUUGUCACCAUGGAAACUGGAGUUCGUGAGGCCACAGCCCAUGCUGAAGAGCUCUUGAGCAUGCCCCUGACAUGCUUGGUCCAGAGGCUAUAGAGAAGGUGUGCUCUCACCCAGGGCCUUUCAGCAAGGUGUGCCUGUGCACGCUCUGUGUGCUCACUCACUCAUUCGCUCGCUCACUCAACCCCCAAAAGGUUUCUUAGGAGAAG